AUGGGCCACGCCCGAGAUGCCAGCGGCCGCUCAUUGGCCAAUGCUGCCGCGACGGCGCUGAGCUCUGGCCUCCCUGCCUCUCUGGGCCGCGCUGCGGCCGCAACUGCGGAACCCGCACUUGGGGUCGUCGCUGAGAGUCGCAGGCAAAGGGAACAGCAGGAACAUCUGCUUCUGAAAGCACAAGAAGAGCUUCAAAAGGCGAGUCGCAAUGCCCAGGUGGCAGUUGAACGGCGAGCAGGCGGUCCGCCGGAGGCCGAUUCUCGCAAGACUCCUGCGACAAGGUCAGGCAAAGUCCGGGCCCAGUCGCCGCGCACACGAGCUGUUCGUCCGGUGCUUCGAGGACCAGUUCCUUCUGCCAGGCAGCGCAGCGGAAGUGGCGAGGUCACGGCAAUUGACGGCCGGCCUGCAAGUGGUGUGAGUGCCUCGCUGCGAGCUGCGGCGGCGCUUUCACCGCAUCGAGGCUUCUACCACGCUUCGUCAGCGACGUCCUUGCGAAACAGCCGCCAGCAGGGAUCCCGGCUGGCGUGGACUGCUCCCGCUGCAACUCCAGGUCUUGGGUCCGCCUCACCCGAGCCUACGCCACUUGCGGAGCCAGAAGAGGAGAAAGCCGAGAAGGCCGACCAGGACGAGCCUUCGCAGUGCAGCUCGAUCCAGCCCUCUCCAUCCUGGAAACGGCUUGAGAAGACAGUGACUGCCUAUGUGUCGCGCCGCAAUGUCAGCUCGUCCGAAUAUGAGCAGGUUUGCCAACGCUACGAGGGGCACUUGAACGAGUUGAAAGUCCUCUGCGAUGCCGUUCGCCAAACGAACACGUCGCCACGGACGGCCUCUCCAGAGAGGAAGCCCUGCAGUAUCAGCUUCAGGGAACUCCAUGAUGACAAGGGCUUUCGGGAAUUUCUCGAGCUCCGCGAUCCACUGCUGACCUCGAGGGCUGCCCGGCAGCGCAGCUGCAGUCCACCGAAGGCUCCGCCUCCGCCUCCGGCACCCCGAGCAAGAUCUCCGCGGGAGUUGCGCCCGGAGCCGCGCCGAUCCGUUUCAGGUCGGAUGGCCAGCACCCGUCUCCCAGAGGAGAACAACUCCGAGGCCGCCGAGGACAAACCCGUCAUAUCUCCGCUGUUGAGCGCCGGAGUUCUCUCUGACACCCCCUUGCCCAUGAUCACUUUUGGCAGGGAUGAGGACAGCGACCUGGAACAUGUGCGUAACUUGUUUGCCACACAGGUUCCGGAAGCGCUUGUCCUGGGAGUUUAUCGCGUGGAGAAUCCAACUCUCGCCGGAGUCUAUGCCGCGGUGCGCGAUGCAAUGGGCAGCGAGUGUGAGUUGGAUCUGUGGCACGGCACAUCGAGCGAGUGCGUUCCCAACAUUGUGCUCAAUGGCUUCAACCGAGCUUACAGCGGACGUCGGCACGGAACGAAGCUCGGGCACGGCUGCUACUUCUCUGCCUCUGCUGCCUACAGCACGAAGUUCUGUGAGCGAAAGCGACCUCGCCGAAGAACUGUGUUCUUUGCCAAAGUCCUCGUCGGCGCCUGGGCAAAGGGCUCUCCAGAUCUGGUAGAGCCUCCCUGCCGGGACAAAGAUGGCCUGGUUCGCUUCGACAGCACAGUGGACGACGCGGAGUGUCCUGUGAACUUUUGCAUCUUCCGGGACUUUCAGGCCAUGCCGACAUACCUGUUGGAGUUCACCGUCUGA